GGUCGGAGACAGCCUCCCAGCUCAGGACGGUGAGGUCUGGACUCCCUCGAGGGUUCUGGUGGUUCUAGAUGCAGCCAUGAGGCAGGAACCACAGUUGGCCAGAUCAGAGCGGAAGUUUGGUUUGGGUCUGUUUAAAUCACAUUAUGCAAACAUUCUGAUUUGCAUAAUGUAACCAUACUAUGCAAAUAUUCUGAUUUGCAUAAUGUAAUCACACUGUGCAAAUAUUCUGAUUUGCAUGGUGUAACCGCACUAUGCAGAUAUUCUGGUUUGCAUAAUGUAAUCACACUAUGCAAAUAUUCUGAUUUGCAUAAUGUAAUCACACUAUGCGGAUAUGUAACCAUAUACCCACGGAGAAAGAAAACAGUGAUGUCAUUCGGCAGCCCAAGCUCCCGAGUUUUCCAGUUUUCCGCAGGCCUCACCGCGCCCUACUGCCCCCCGCCCCCCCACGCAUUGUCUGCUCUGCCGGCCCCGAAGGCUGGUCAGGUUCCUCGGCAGACCCUUCCCCACCCGGCCCCGAGACGCCCGGCUCUCUGUGCAGCCCCAGAUCGGGGACACGCUCGGACGGCUCCCACCCUGCUGGCGUAGACUGGGAUCGCUGAGCUCCGGAUGAUUCCUGGGUCAGCACGGAGGAGGUGUCAGGCCAAAUCGCUUCCUCCCUCUCUGGGCACCUGUUGCAGGGAACAACAGGCAGCAGGGUCCCCGUGGUAACGUGUCACCUAAAGGGGGCGCUGAGGAGCCCACCCCUGGGAUGGGGACAUGCCGGUCUCUGGGGGGCAAGCGGGGCCCUGGCUUCCGAGCCAGCCCACCUGGCCUCAGGUGAGCCAGGUCUGCUGGAGAGACCACUUCUCGCCGUGGAGUGGCAGUGGGAGCCCCCUGAGGUCACGGGGGGGGGGUCUUUGGGUCCUCCAUCUAAGCCCUAAGGGGAGCCCCGGGCGGCAAGGCACUGAGCAGGCCAGCAGUCAGAGGCUGGGGUCCUUGGCCUCCCUGAGCCUCAGUGUGUCCAUCUGUGAAAUGGUCCACUCAAAGGAACAAACUGAAGGAUGGGAACAGAGGGUGCAAGGCACCUGCUAUGUUCCGGGACACAGCCCGGAAUCGAUGAGAAACAAUUCUUCUUCAAUCGCUGAAGAAAAACCGGAGAAAGAGGCAAAAAAAGAGCCUGGGACGACUCCUGACCCUGCGGCGAAUCCUUUCCACAUGUCUGGGGACGAGGACUUCUUCUUGCUCAGACGGCAAGAACGUGAUAAGGCUCUUUUGCGGAGACCAUCCGGGACCCCUCCUUUGCUUCCUGUAGGGUCGGCCAUCAAGAGCAAGACAUCCUCCACGUGGGCCAGAGACGGCCCGGCCGCGAAGAAGUCCUCCAAGUUUGUGCAAGGGACGCAGCUGGGACAGAGCGUGUCCAACGGCAGCUCUCAGCACAGCAGCCAGCCCAGUGAGCCGCUGGGCUCCAGGGGGCCCCGGCUUGUGUCACGAAAUCCAGCAAGGAAGAUGGAGCCCGAAAGCACAAGCGGCUACGUCGACCAGAAGCGGCAGCUGUUCCUCGUCCAGUACGCCCUGGAGAUGAAGCGCGUGGAGAUCGGGCGGCUGGAGACGCUGGUGGCCAGGGAGGAGGCCAGGCUGGAGCGGGCCGAGAAGUCCCUGCAGAGGGACGCGGCUUUGUUUGACCAGUUCCUCAAGGACAACGACCGCAGCUCGGUGCAGGCCAUGCGAGUGGCCGAGAAGGAGACCAGAGCCAGGAUAGAGAAGAUCUUCGAGAUCCAGGACCUCAGCAGCCAGAUCACGAAUGAGCUGGAGCUCUACUUCACCGAGCCCCAGCAGCUCCUGGACGUCUUCACGGAGCUGGAGGAGCAGAACCUGUCCCUGACCCAGAACGUGCAGGAGAUGGAGGAGACCGUGGAGGACCUGGGCCGCACCCUGAGAAACACGCGGAGCCGCAUGGACAGGGAGCUCAAGCAUCUGAAGCAGUGCAUCUCCACGAUCACGAUGGCCAUCGCUAAGGAGGAGGAGACGGCCGCCGAGCUGGAGCUCAAAGCCCGGGUCUUCCACUUCGGCGAGUACAUGGGUGACGAGCAGGACAAGCUGCUGGACAGCCUGCACCUCAAGGUGCUGGACGUGUACCGCAACUGCGUCGGCGGCCAGCAGGAGGCCGGCCUGGGCACCGUGCAGAUGCUGACGGUCAUCGAGCACCAGCUGGACGAGCUGCUGGAGAACCUGGAGCACGUGCCCCCGGCCAAGAUCGAGCAGGCGGAGAAGGCCAAGGAGAAGGAGCGGCGUGUGCGGCUUCGGGAGGAGAAGGCCCGGAUGCAGAAGGCACUUCAAGAGGAGCGUCUGCUGCGGGCCCAGGCCCGGGCCCAGGCCGAGAUCAGGAAGAAGAGGGGCAGGAAGCUGGUCUGCCGCUCGCGGCCCCCGGCCUUCAGAGCGACGGCGGCGUCGGACCACGCGCUGCCGGACAAGGCCGAGGAGGAGCUGCUGUAUUUCUUCACGUAGCCCCCGCAGCCGCGGCGGGUUCGGCCGGCCGAGGCUCCGCAAGGACGUGGGCGGUGGCGGCGCAGGGACCGGGCCGGGUCCCGAGUGGGCCCCUUCUGUAUGCUCCCGCACUCGCCUGAAAUAAACCCUGUGUCUUUAGUGCCCCGACAGCCCGUGUGACCAAGCAGCCACUGUUACCGAGUCUCGGUGGCCCUCUCUUUCCUCAUCGGCCCUAGGCGAACAUUUGAGGGGUGCAGCAGCACCCCGGUUCCCGUCUAAACAGCUGCUCGGAGAGAGACGGAAGCCAGCGCGGCGUCGGGGACGUG